CUUAUACGCCCUGAUGAAAAAUCAACCGAGAAAUUCGACCAUGUUGUAAAUGCUAGCUCAUAAAUGGCUAUUUUAUUUUGACCGUGUACAUCUUUUUUCUGGCAACGAAAAAGAACACAGUAUAGAGAGAAAAUUUUCUUGAUUUGGAGUGAGCAGCUUCUGGAAGAAAACGCUGAAACAAAACUAAAGUUAUUGUCAAACAAGUACAAGUUGAAAAUUUAUAUUAAGCCAAAAAAGUGCUCUCGAAUAUAUUUUAGUAUUAUUUAUUUAGUUUUUGGGUAACCAUACAUAAUGGCUAUCCGGUUUUGAUGGGUUUAUGACAGCGUAUUUAAUAAACAACCAGAAAGGUUACUGUUAUUUAAAAUAAGAACAAAAAAGUUUAAAAAAAUUGAAGACUCGAGAAAAUUAGCCCCGUAAAGUAAUCAACAUGUAUCCAACAUCUUACGGAUCUGGCUCAUAUCCCUAUGACUAUGGUCAAUCAACAUCGGAUUCAAACUACGGAUAUGCAAAACCCGAUAGUAGCACGAGCUCUUAUUCAUCCACUCAAGUGAGUUAUGGACCCUCAGGCUACGUUUCGAGUAGUUAUGAACCAGUUUAUAGUACGAAUGCUACCAGUUAUUCAGUAAGUUCGAAAAGUGCUCAAGGAUACUAUACCAGUGACCCAGUUUACAGCUCCUAUAGUAGCUCCUCGUAUACUACAGUAUCAUCCGGAAAUGCUGAAAUGAGAAAAAGUUACAUCAACCAUUGGGUCAAACCUAAUUCUCUUCGGGUAACCGCACCAUAUUCGGGUGAAAAAGGAGUGCAUUUACUGCAAAAAAUGGGCUGGACACCCGGACAGGGCCUUGGUAAGAGGAAGGACGGAUCAUUAGAACCACAUCUUCCAGUUAUAAAGAUGAACAAGCGUGGUUUUGAUGUCUCCAAAGUACGGGGUGUGAAAAAAAUAAGCAUAAAGACCAAAGGCACAAAACUCAGUGUCGUCACCGAGGGUAAACAUCCGAUUUCAAUUUUGUCUGAAUACUGUACCAAGCGUCGAUGGGAAUUACCUAUUUAUCAGGCUAUUAUUGAUGAGGGUCCAAUUCACGCAAAGAACUACUUGUUUAAGGUCAUCGUCAAGGGAGUUGAAUACAAAGGAGAAAGGUCUAGUAACAUUAAGCAAACCGCAAAAAUGGAAGCAGCCAAGAAAUGUCUUCAGAAGUUGGGAAUCUUGAAUGAUUCGUGUAAUUAGGUUCUGG